GUCUCCGAACGGAAGCUGAGGGGAUUUUCGGUUUAGGGGAAAAGAAAAUGAGGAAGAAUACGGUAAGGAUUUUCUGUUUAUUUCUUUGAUUGGUUGAGGAAUAAUAUAGUUAAGUAUUUUCGAUUUGUUUCUGUGAUUGGAUGAGUAUUUUCGAUUUGUUUCUGUGAUUGGAUGGGGCUGGUUGGUUUGAUUAUAAAUUGGUCCUUUAUAUACUAGUUUUUUCGUAAAUAAAAGGAAGUGUGAGGAUAAAAUGGGAAGAACAUGUCAAUUUCAUUAAAUUAGAAGCGAGAAGCUCCCGCGGAAGUAAAGAAAUGGGAGCUUCCGGGUUUUGCAAAGAAAGGCGAGAAGCUGAGCUUUUCAAAAGCUGCAGCAAGUUUUGGAAGCUGACCCGUUUGGUGCAGCUUGUGCUUUUCGAGCCAAAAAGCUCUUCUCACAAUCUGCACCAAACAGGCUCUAGUCUCACAGAAUAAGACAAGUGAAUUCAAGUCAGAUAUCUUUACCCUAACCUUUGGAUCCUAGUAGUUCACUUUAAACCUUUAAGUAUUUGAGUUUGUUGAUCAAAAUUUCGAACCCCACAAUACCUUGAAAAUCUCAUUUCUCUUUUUUCAAGUUGUAUACUGUUCAAAAAAAUUCAAGUUAGAUAUUUUGAGUUUAAAAACUUUAAGAUUAAAAAAGAAAGAGAUGAAAGGCAACCACAUAGUUAAUUGCUGUCAUUAAUUUUUGGGUGAUGGUAUCCAUUGCUCAAAAUUUUCUUAGAUGCAUUCAUCUUUCACCAUAUUUUGAAAUGAAAUCCAUGGGCUAAGAAAAACCAAGGCAACUGAGGCUAUAAAAAGGAGGCCAAUCUGCUGGGGUUUAUGUUAAGAAGAUUCCAGUUGUGAUAUUCCUACAUUGUUAUGGUUAAAUGUUUAGAGUUAUUAUAAUUAACGAUUAAGAUUGAGUUGUUAGAGUUAUUAUGGUUAAUGAUUAAAAAUAAAUUAUUAGAGUUAUUACGAUUAAUUAUUAAAAUUAGAUUAAGUUGUUGUUAUGGUUCCUAUUUGUUAAGAUGCUAUUUACGCUUAGCUUAGGUAUAGUUGUUAUGUAAAGUUUGUUUAAAAGCUACUGUGAUUUAGAAUAAUUGAAGUUCUUAUUUCCAUUAUCUUCCUCUUUUGAAUUGGGUGGGUCUUAAAAUUGGUUUAAACAUGUAGAGGGAUAAGGUUUAAGUUGUGUAUAUGUGUGUGUGUUUGGGGAGUUAAGAUAAACCAAUGUCCAUGAGCUGUUUUUCAUCCCAAGGUAGAUGAGGUGAAGGGUGUGCCAUGGCAGCUGCUAGCUCAUGGGAUACUCUUGCUGCCAAAGCAUGGUGGCGUGGGUUAGGAGUUUGCAUGAGUUAGGAGAGAUGAAAUUACCUUGAUAUGUAAAUGCAUUUAUGUUAAUUAUUGCUUUUCAAAUUGUCUGUAGAAAUUGUUACU